GGUUGGAGAAAAAUAGAAGACGAAGCAGUUUCUCACAAGAAACCACCAUUUUUCAUUUCGCGUCUCGCAGAGAGACAAAGAGUGACUUCUGAAAGAAAUGGAACACGCGUUGUUUAUGGCUUAUGUAUUCACCGGAACUUUCCUCGGAGUGUUUAACGAAGUGGGCGGACUCGAGAUACUGUCGAAAUCAAAGCUCGAGAAGUGCGAGAAGACAAACGACUCAGGGAAUCUCAAUUGCACAACUAAGAUCGUCUUGAAUCUCGCUGUGCCCAGUGGCUCCAGCGGAGGAGAGGCUUCGAUUGUAGCCGAGAUCGUCGAGGUUGAAGAUAACUCGAGUACCAACAUGCAAACCGUACGGAUCCCACCGGUUAUCACAGUGAACAAAUCAGCAGCAUAUGCUCUCUAUGACCUAACUUACAUUAGGGAUGUGCCUUAUAAACCUCAAGAGUUUCACGUUACGACCCGAAAGUGUGAGCCAGAUGCUGGACCAGAUAUUGUAGAAAUAUGCGAGAGGUUGCGUGAUGAAAAAGGCAACGUUCUAGUUCAGACUCAGCCUGUCUGUUGUCCAUGUGGACCGCAACGAAGAUUGCCUUCAUCUUGUGGAGAUAUCUUUGAGAGGUUGAUAAAAGGCAAAGCAAACACUGCUCAUUGCCUACGCUUUCCAGGUGACUGGUUCCACGUUUUCAGCAUCGGACAACGGUCUCUAGGGUUUAGCGUGCGUGUGGAGUUGAAGACAGGAACUAGAGUUUCAGAAGUGAUCAUUGGUCCUGAAAAUAGGACAGCAACUGCAAAUGAUAAUUUCCUAAAGGUUAAUCUCAUAGGAGACUUUGCUGGUUACACAAGUAUUCCUUCUUUUGAAGACUUCUAUCUUGUAAUCCCAAGAGAGACGACGGCUGUAGAGGGACAACCAGGGAGCUUAGGUGGAAACUACUCAAUGUGGAUGCUGCUUGAGAGAGUGAGGUUUACAUUGGAUGGCAUAGAGUGUGACAAGAUUGGUGUUGGCUACGAAGCUUUCAACAACCAACCAAGUUUCUGCGCUGCACCAUACUGGAGUUGCUUGCGUAAUCAACUAUGGAACUUCCGCGAGGCAGAUGUGAACAGGAUCAGCAGACACCAAUUUCCUUUGUAUGGACUAGAAGGAAGAUAUGAGAGGAUUAAUCAACAUCCAAACUCAGGGCCUCACUCGUUUUCCAUUGGAGUCACGGAAACACUCAACACAAAUCUAAUGAUUGAACUAAGAGCUGAUGAUAUUGAAUACGUUUUCCAGAAGAGUCCUGGUAAGAUCAUAAACAUUGUAAUACCGACAUUCGAGGCACUUUCACAAUUUGGAGUUGCUGCGGUCACAACCAAGAAUACUGGUGAAGUAGAAGCUUCUUAUAGCUUAACGUUUGAUUGCUCCAAAGGUGUGGCUUUCGUUGAGGAACAAUACUUCAUUAUAAAACCAAAUGAGGUUACAACUAGAUCUUUUAAGCUAUACCCUACAAAAGAUCAGGCUGCAAAAUAUAUGUGCACAGCUAUACUUAAGGAUUCACAUUUCAGCGAAGUGGACAGAGCCGAGUGUCAGUUCAGCACGACAGCUACUGUACUCGACAAUGGAACUCAGGUUACUAAUCCAUUUCAAAUUCCAGAAACUCGUCCUAAAGGUUUCUUUGAGUCGAUUAGGCUAAUAUGGACCAAACUCGUGAAUGGUUUAGUCGAUUUCAUCACAGGAGACACUUGCAGAAACAAAUGCUCGAGUUUCUUUGACUUCAGCUGCCAUGUUCAAUACAUUUGCUUAAGCUGGAUGGUUAUGUUUGGUCUCCUCCUCGCUCUUUUUCCAACCACUUGUGUCCUUGUCUGGCUCUUACACCAAAAGGGACUCUUUGAUCCAUUAUACGAUUGGUACGAAGAUCAUUUUGAUUCAGAGCAUCAUCAUAGAUUAGUACACACUAGAGAACACGGUGUAAACCACCGCCAUCAUCAUCGUCCUCACCAUCACCAACUUCGCCAUGGUGUCAAAACGCAUACACAGCAUCGUAGGACGACACAACAGAGACACAAACACCGUCAUCAUCGUGGGCAGGACGACGACGUUAAUUUGCAGAAGAUGCUUGAGCGUACUGACAACAACGAGUCUCACUAUUACCAACAACUUCACCGAGUCCAUAAAGAUGGCAAGCAUAAGCAGCAUAGGCGCGUAGGCAAACACGGGAUCGUCAUGUCACGUGAUGUGCACGCUGACAGACGUAGGAGGGAAAGGCUAAAGGAAGAAAUUUAACAAGAGCUAUUGGCAUGUGGGAAGAAACAUAUUUUGUGUAUAAAAUUAUACUGAUAAUGUGUAUGUGUGAUUACUGUGUGUUUGUAAAAUUGGUAGCUGCAAUUGAAU